AUGUUUCCCUUAUCAAAAAUUUCACCGAAAAACCUCGAUUCAAUUCUGGAAAAAAUUCAACCCGACGAUUUGCUCAACUUUCUGAAAGUCAACAAAACACUGCGAAAUCGUGUUCUUCAUUUUGGUCCAUUGCCAAGGAAUCUCGAGUCUUUACAACUCUAUCAAAUUGAGGGAAAAGAAACAAAUGGAAAUGAAGAUCAUUCUCGAGCUUUGGCCACUUUCAAAGCUCACUCAAAAACCAAUUAUUUCACUUUCUCGAUAUGGCCAAACUUUGAUUUUACAGUUACUUCGAAAUUUCGACUUUGUUACCGAAUUCGAUUGAAAAAUGUGACAAAUGGAGUGAAUAUCGUUUGCCGAUUCAUCCGUGCUUGUGCCAAAGUGUCUUUGCGUUUUCACAACGACAAUGUUUCAACAACGAUCACUGAUUGCUUAUCAAAUUUGCAUUUUGUCGAGAAUUUGCACCUAUCAACGUGCAAUGAAUAUUUAACCGAUUUAUCGAAUUCUCUCCCACAAGCCACCAAUCAACUAAUCCUAGAAGUUGCUGAAACCGAUGAAACUGAUGAUUUCUCAGCACUUCGGCUUUUAGAACACGCGAAAACGCUGGUCAUCAAUCAAAGAUUGCGACUUUUAUGGGAAAGAUUGCAAAAAACUUAUAUUGAGGAUAUUUUGAAUCACGGUUGUUUCUCAGAUUUUUGGGAAACGGUGAAACGAUGUCUUACCGAGGGAAUCCCGAGUGCCGCUGAGAAAUCGACCCUUCUUCUCUCGCAUCGUGGAGGUGGAAGUCAUCGAGUUUAUUUAAAAGAAUUCGAUGAAAUGCUCCUUCAACUCAAGAAUUUCCCGGAGCUUCAAACGCUGACGGCUCGCUCCGAGAAGACACGAUGGAUUUCGAAGUUGUUCACCGGCAAAUAUGGAAAGUUCACAGAUAGCCGAUCACUUAAAAAAGAUGUGCGCCCGAAUCACUUCUUUCGGCGAAAAGUUGGCGACACAAUGGAGAAUGUGAUGAUGAUGAGUUUUGAAUGCUAUUCACUCUAUGAACCUGACGGCCGAGUGAGCGAUUAUCGGAAGAUUGACAUCAAGAUCUUCAUUGCAACGAUUCGAGCUGAAGGACCCGAGGCGUGCUCUCGUAAACAAAUCUUCGAUCAUCAGCCGUGCGCUCCAUCAAAUCAUUUACCACCUAUUCCCGUUGUUACCCAAGGUGGAGAUGAUUCAAAGAAU